AGCCUGCACACCUUGUUCAUGGGACCCACCUUCCAGGCACUGCCCUUGCUCCCUCUCCAAACUUGUCUGCCCCAUUCCUCAGCCUCUCCAGGUCUCAGCUGACCCAGCUGACUGCCAGGACCCAAGAAGUUCCCUCCCCUUCCCCUAUCCCUGCUCCAGGGCAGCUCUGUGCCCCCAGGCUCAGCUCUGGAAAGAGCUCCGCCCCUUCCAGGGAAAGCCUCCUCUCCCUAGGCAGGUUGGCUAGUCCCUCAGUGCACGUGCACACACACAUACACACACACACACACACCACAACCACACCUGCACACACAAGUCACGCAGAGAAUACACUCACUCAGGGUCCUAAGCAGACCCUGCCUCCUGAGUUGCUGCUGCCAUCCUAGCUUGUUCCUCUCACCAGAGUCUCACACCCUGCCAGUGCCUGCAAGAAGACAUGGGAGCAAAAGGGCCUUGGAUUCAACUCCAGAAAUUUCUGGCCUCCUGGCUGGUUGGAGAGCAAGACUGGGACCAGCACCUGGACCAGGUCUACAUGCUGCAGCAGAAGAGGAUAUGGGAGUCUCCACUGCUUCAGGCAGCCAAGGAAAAUGACCUGUGUACACUUAAGAAACUUCUGUUGGAACAAAAUUGUGACUUUCGACAAAGAGGAGCCCUGGGGGAGACGGCACUGCACGUAGCGGCCCUCUAUGACAACCUGGAGGCCGCCAUGGUGCUGAUGGAGGCCGCCCCAGACCUGGUCCAGGAGCCCACUGUGUGUGAGCCUUUUUUAGGUCAGACUGCCCUGCACAUCGCUGUCAUGAACCAGAACGUGAACCUGGUGCGCGCCCUGCUUGCCCACGGGGCCAGCGUCUCUGCCAGAGCCACAGGCACCGCCUUCCAACGCAGUCCCCACAACCUCAUCUACUAUGGGGAGCACCCUUUGUCCUUUGCUGCCUGCGUGGGCAGCGAGGAGAUUGUGCGGCUGCUCAUUGAGCACGGAGCUGACAUUCGGGCCCAGGAUUCUCUGGGAAACACAGUGCUGCACAUCCUCAUCCUGCAGCCCAACAAAACCUUUGCCUGCCAGAUGUACAACCUGCUGCUGUCCUAUGAUGGAGGGGACCACCUGCAGCCCCUGGAGCUCGUGCCCAAUCACCAGGGCCUCACCCCCUUCAAGCUGGCUGGAGUAGAGGGCAACACUGUGAUGUUCCAGCACCUGAUGCAGAGGCGGAAGCACAUCCAAUGGACAUAUGGACCCCUGACAUCCACUCUCUACGACCUCACAGAGAUUGACUCCUGGGGAGAGGAGCUGUCCUUUCUAGAACUUGUGGUCUCCUCCAAGAAGCGGGAGGCUCGCCAGAUCUUGGAACAGACCCCAGUGAAGGAGCUGGUGAGCUUCAAGUGGAAGAAAUAUGGGCAGCCAUACUUCUGUAUCCUGGGUGCCUUGUACAUUCUCUAUAUGAUAUGCUUCACCACAUGUUGUGUCUAUCGCCCCCUCAAGUUCCGUGUUGGCAACCGAACAAAUCCUCGAGAUAACAUCAUCUUCCAACAGAAACUACUACAGGAGGCCUAUGUGACUUACCAGGAUCACAUCCGGCUGGUGGGGGAGCUGGUGACCGUCAUCGGGGCUGUGAUUAUCCUGCUUCUAGAGAUCCCAGACAUUUUCAGAGUUGGUGCCUCUCGCUAUUUUGGACAGACAAUCCUCGGGGGGCCCUUCCAUGUCAUCAUCAUCACCUAUGCCUCCCUGGUGCUGGUGACCAUGGUGAUGCGGCUCACCAACAUGAACGGAGAGGUGGUACCCAUAUCCUUGGCCCUGGUGCUGGGCUGGUGCAGUGUCAUGUACUUUGCUCGAGGAUUCCAGAUGCUGGGUCCCUUCACCAUCAUGAUCCAGAAGAUGAUUUUUGGGGACCUGAUGCGUUUCUGUUGGCUGAUGGCCAUGGUCAUCCUGGGAUUUGCCUCUGCGUUCUGUAUCAUUUUCCAGACAGAGGACCCAGCCAACCUGGGGGAAUUCUCUGACUACCCCACGGCACUGUUCAGCACCUUUGAGCUGUUCCUUACCAUCAUCGAUGGCCCUGCCAACUACAGCGUAGAUCUGCCCUUCAUGUACAACCUCACCUAUGCUGCCUUCGCCAUCAUCGCCACACUGCUCAUGCUCAACUUGUUCAUCGCCAUGAUGGGCGACACCCACUGGAGAGUGGCUCAGGAGCGUGACGAGCUCUGGAGGGCCCAGGUCGUGGCCACCACCGUGAUGCUGGAGAGAAAGAUGCCUCGCUUCCUGUGGCCUCGCUCAGGGAUCUGCGGGUGCGAGUAUGGCCUGGGGGACCGCUGGUUCCUGCGGGUCGAGAACCAUCAUGACCAGAAUCCUUUGCGAGUGCUCCGUUAUGUGGAAGCUUUCAAAUGCUCAGACAAGGAGGAUGGACAGGAGCAGCUGUCUGAGAAACAGCCCUCUGUGACUGAGGUUGGAACUCUAGCCAGAGCCUCUCUGGUUCUUCAAACUCCGUCCCUGUCCAGGACCACAUCUCAAAGCAGCAACAGCCACCGGGGCUGGGAGAUCCUUCGUCGUAACACCCUGGCACACUUGAAUCUUGGACUGGACCUUGGUGAGGGGGAUGGAGAGGAGGUCUACCAUUUUUGAUGAGGAUUCCCUGACUCUUGACCUGACUCCAGGGGGGCCUGGGUGGGGACAGAGAAGGAGAUGCCUGCUGAUGCAAGCGUCUAGCUUUCAUGCCUGUUAGUCACGAGAAGGUGUAGAUGGAACAGUUUCUAAAGGGCCAUACCAUAUUUCACCCAUCACAUCAGCAUCUAUGCAGGUGGGCGAUGGUCAUCGACUGUCCCAUGUAUCUCAUGGGUUCUUGGAAGUCUCACGUCCUGAAAAUGGCGGGUAUCUUUCUGAGCAAAGUUGGACUUGGCAACUAGAGACAUGAGAUAGGGAGGCCAGAUUGAUAUCUGGACCAUCUCUCUUCUGCCCCAGGCAGUCUUCAGAGAGUAGCAAGCAGUGCGGCCUGCCCAGCUCCACAUAGCUCCAUAGGGGAAGAGCUAGGCUUGGCGUAGAACAGUGACCUUUCUUCUUUUCCUGUCUCCCUGCUGGACUCUCUCCCACCUAGCAACCAAACCCCAGCUAUGAAGCUACAAGAAGAAAGCUUCCAUAUCCUUGCGUUCUCUAAAUUUUCUCUUAUUGUGGCUAAGUACAUGUAAUCUAAAAUUCACUAUUUUAAUUAUUUUUUAGAUGUACAUUUCAGUUUCAGGGACUACAUUCACAUCAUUGUACAAAGUUUCAUCAUUUUGCAGAAGUUUAUCAUCAUCAUAGAUGAUAAGCCCACUAAAUAACAACUCCCUUCCAUUUCCUACCCCUGUUUCUAAUAAUUGAUGUUUUACUUGGUGUCCAUGACUUUGACUACUCUAGGUACCUCAUAUAAAUGGAAUCAUGCAGUUAAGUCCUAUCGUAUCACUCUAUCUUCAGUUAGUAUAAUAUUCUCAAGGUUCAUCCAUGCUGAAGCAGGUAUCAGAAUUCCAUUUCUUGUUAAGGUGGAAUGAUAUUUUGUUGUGUAUAUGCACACACAUCCCACAUUUUAUCUCUUCAUGUAUCUAUAAAUAUUCACUUAUUUCUACUUUUGGUUAUUGUAAAUAAUGCUGCUAUGAAAAUGAGUGUAUACAUAUCUGUUCAAGUCCCUGCUUUCAAUUCUUUGGGGCAUAUACCUAGAAAUGGAAUUGUUAGGUCACAUGACAAUUCUAUGCUUACUAUUUUGAGAAUCUGCCAUACUGUUUUCCACCGUGGUCUUCACAUUUGACAUUUCCUCCUAAUGAGAGUGAAAUGGUAUCUCAUUGUAGUUUUAAUUUGCCUUUCCCUAAGUACUAAGGAUAUUGAACAUAUUGACAUGUAUUUAUUUAUGGGACAUUUGUAUAUCAUUGGGAAAAUGUCUAUUCAGUGUCUUUGCCUCAUUUCGAAAUGGGUUUUUUUGUUUUUAUGGUUGUUGUUAAGUUGCCUUAUCUAAUUUCUCUCCUGGUGUGUGUAUGUUUGUUUUUCUUUAAUUUGUUUUACCUAGUUACACAUGACAGUACAGUGAUCUUGACAUAUCAUACAUUUGAAUCAGAUGGGAUAUAAUUUCUCAUGUUUCUGAGUAUACAGGUUGCAGAAUCACAUAGGGGUGGUGAAUAUUGACUUUCUCUGUUUGAAUGGCCCAAUCACUUCUUCUGCCAGACGCUCCCUGCUCUAUCCUUCAGGUGGCUCAUUUGCAGCUAAUCAUCCUUGAGCCUGGAGGCAAAGGCUCCUGCUUUGUAUCCUGAAACUGCCUGGCUCCACACCCAUCUCCCUUUGCCCCUGUGCUGAGUUGUGAAUUGAACAACAAGAAUAAAAGGCUGUCAUCUCUGCCAGGAGGGAAAUUUGGAACCAGGUGUCCAGGUUACAGGAGCUCCUAUAUAAUGUCCCUCUUGUCCCCAGCCCUUACAUCUCAUCUCAGUCCUGUCAUUGCUUCUACCAAAAAAAACAUUACAACUUUAAAAAGAACUGUAGUCUGGAAUAGUAAAGAGGUAAGUGGCAUUUGUGAAACCAUAGCCAGAUUCAUUCAGAUACAUAAGUGCCAAGUUGCACUCCCCAACAGUGAGGGCUCACACCAAAGUUCACAAACACUCUCACACCCACGGGACCUACUGGGCAUGGUGUUUAAAAGUGCUGAGCCAUGGUGAUUCCUCUGUUCUCCUUCAAGUGGAAGCACUUCCAAGCCUCCGGAAAACUGAACUCUCAUCUGUGCUUCAGAUCCAUUUCUCUCUGCAUUUUCAGACACCUGUGCCCAGCGCUGUCUGCUCUCACUCUUCCUAUUUAUGUAUCUCCAGCUUCUCCUCCACUAGCUCAUCAGUAGAUAAACAUGCUGCAUUCUUAAGCACACUCUCUCCACCCCACAUUACUUUCAGCUACCUAUGAUUUCUACUUUCUGUUUAAGGAAAAACUUCUUAAGAUUUGUCUCAUUGUCUGCUGGUCUUCCACUGAUUCCUCAACCCACUGUGCUUUGACCUGGUCUUUUCCAUGCUACUGGUUCUACCCUGGUCUGGGCUAUCUUCCUGGGACCAACUCAUGGAGCCAUCCUGGUUUUGCUUCAACUCUCUGCAGCAUUCAGAUUACAGUUGACUAUCUGCCACUUCCCAUGUUCCUACCCCUCUGGCUGCUUGUCUUCAUUUCCUUAAAUGUCUCUGGUCCACAAGACUCUGUUUCCUCUAUCACCUGGGCAGUGCCACCUCCCUCCAUAGAUUACUACAUGUAAGCUCAUGUCUCACAAGUGCCUAUCUUUGGUUCAGAUCUGUCUCCUGAGCUCCAGGCAUGAACAGCUUCGACGCCAGCUAUUGGACCGCUCCACUUGGAUAUUUUAUAGACCUCUUGAACUCAACAUGUCCCAAACUGAACAGCGUUUCCUCCUCACCAAACCUGCUCCUCCACCAGUGUUCUCAACCAAAUAGGCAGCAGCACAAUAGGCAAAGUUGCCCAAACCAGUAUCUUGGGCAUCAUCCUCAGUAUUUCUGUCUCAAUUCUCAUAUCCAGCACAUCUCAUCUUGUGGAAAUUCUAUUCCUUAAAACAUCUGCUUUGAGAAAUAAUAAUUUUGAUUAGACAGAAAAGUAAACUUUACUGUCUCUGCCUCAGCCCCUUGGCUGUUUCCCUCAGGGAUAUUCACUAUUAAAAGUUUGUUAUUUAUCUUUCCAAAAAUACUUUAAGUGUGCCCAAGCACAGGUGUGUACAUAUUUUCUUAAAAAUAACAUCAUGGGAUAGUCUAUUAGAAAAACAGUUUUUACUUUUCUCAUUUAAUGAAUUUUUAAAGACUAUUCUGUACUGACAUAACAUUUAAAAGUUUCCUUUUUUUUUUUCUGCUUCUUUGUAAAACGGGCCACCAUCAUCUCCCUCCCACAUCAUAGGAGAACAUUCCCAACUGCUCAGGUUGCAUACAGUGUUGGUCUUCCCCAGUCUGGAGUUCCCAGUACAGCCAGAAUGACUUGGUAUGAAGCAGCCCCUGCCUUACACUAUGGUCUUUGGGAAGUGCUGACACCUAGCAACCUCUCCAGCCUUCUUUCUCUUCCUGUGCUGUGUGUCACCAAGAUGAAUUCCUCUCAGUUCCUGAAGAGUAAGUUUGCUUCCUCCUCAUCUUUGUGAUUUAUGGACCUUCCUACCUCUCUGUACUAUUCUCCCUUCCAUCUUUGUAACUUUUUACUCAUCCUUUGGUGUCAACUUAAAGAUAAGACCUUUGGGGUGUGUGUGUGUGUAUGUGUGUGUGCCCACGUGUGCACGUACCAUCUGGAAGAGGAGGGGUAGUCUCUGUCCCCCUAGAUUAAGUUAGAGACCACCUGCUGUUUCCUGUCUAAUAAUUUUUUUUUAUAUUAUGCACCCUACACUAUUCCACUUACUUGUUUAAAUAUCUAUUUUCCUUAGUAAACUACGCACAUCACAAAGGCAAAGAUGGUGCCCAUCCUACUUGCUAUUGUUUUCCCAGAACCUGGCAUAAUUCCUGGUAUUGUGAAAUAAAUAUUCAUUAACUGAA